AAACAAAAGUAUGUUUUUCGAUAAUCGAUUUUAUUGCGUGCUAGAUAAGGGAGAUUAAAAUAAUCAAGACUCGUCUUUUAAAUAUUAUGGAUGCACAUCGCAGUGGUUAUUUAGUAGUGUUGUUGUGAAUACAUAUACAAUAUGUAUUCACUAAUAUUCUUGGCUCUCAUCGGAGCGGCGUUUGGUGUCCCACUGAGCACCAACGAAGACAGCACUAGAAACCAAAACCUAGCUGCGCUAUACGUCUUGCCUCAGACUUCCUACCCGACGUUCUAUGACGUCCGUCUCUUCAUCGAUCCUGGAUACACCGAAGCAUUCCAUGGAAACGUUUCCAUCAGGAUAAUCCCCAACAUCAACAUUGAUCAGAUCACCAUCCAUGCCAUGGCUAUGAGAAUCGACUCGAUCAGAGUUGUCAGUGAUGUUAAUCCUAAUGAGGACCUCUUCUCUGACUUCACGCUGGCUACUGACGACACCCAUCUCUUGACUAUCAGGCUGACGAGGAACAUCACCGCUUUACAACCCCAUGUUAUCCAUAUUGAUUAUGUUGCACAAUAUGCCGAUGACAUGUUUGGCGUCUACGUUUCUACUUAUGAGGAGAAUGGUAGGACAGUAAACCUCGUGACAUCUCAACUGCAGCCUACUUUCGCCCGCCGUGCGUUCCCCUGCUACGAUGAGCCGGCUUUAAAAGCCGUUUUCAGAACCACCAUCUACGCCCCAGCGGCUUACGCCACAGUCAGAAGCAACACUCCUGAAAGGCGUGAUUCCCUCAAACCUAAUGAGCCUGGCUACGUCAAGCACGAGUUCGAAGACACCCUGGUCAUGUCCACCUACCUCAUUGCCUACCUGGUCUCCAACUUUAACUACAUCGAGAAUUCCCAGAACCCCAUCUAUCCUAUUCCCUUUAGAGUCUACUCUAGGCCUGGUACUCAGAAUACCGCUGAGUUCGCCCUCGAGUUUGGCCAGCAAAACAUGAUUGCUCUGGAGGAGUACACCGAAUUCCCGUACGCUUUCCCCAAAAUCGACAAGGCUGCCGUUCCUGACUUUGCUGCUGGUGCCAUGGAGAACUGGGGACUGGUUAUUUACAGAGAGGUAGCCCUUCUCGUAAGGGAAGGUGUGACGACAACGUCGGUGAAGCAGAACAUUGGCAGGAUCAUUUGCCACGAAAACACCCACAUGUGGUUUGGAAACGAAGUCGGACCUAUGUCCUGGACCUACACUUGGCUCAACGAAGGAUUCGCUAACUUCUUUGAGAACUACGCUACUGAUUUUGUCAGGCCGCAGUGGCGCAUGAUGGAUCAGUUUGUGAUCGCCAUGCAGAACGUGUUCCAGUCAGACGCUGUUCUAAGUGUCAACCCCAUGACGCACCCGGUCUAUACUCCUUCCCAGAUCAUCGGUACUUUCAACGCCGUCGCUUACCAGAAGUCUGGUUCCGUUAUUCGGAUGUUGCAGCAUUUCAUGACACCUGAGAUUUUCAGGAGAGGUCUGGUUAUCUACAUCAAAGCCAACUCUCGCGCCGCUGCCGCUCCCUCAGAUCUCUACGUUGCCCUCCAACAAGCCCUCGAUGAGUCCAGUCACAGAAUCCCCAAACCCAUCUCGACUAUCAUGACUGAAUGGAGCACUCAGGGAGGCUUCCCUGUCCUCACUGUUAGGAGGACGGCGCCCAAUGCUGACUCCGUGUUUGUAGCCCAGGAACGUUACCUCACCGACCGGUCUCUGACAUCCACUGAUCGCUGGCACGUGCCUGUAAACUGGGUUAUAUCCUCAAACGUGAACUUCAGUGAUACCAGCCCUCAAGCCUGGAUCCUGCCGACCUUCCCCGCCACCGCCGUUGACGUUCCUGGCCUCUCCAAUGCUGAUUGGUACAUCUUCAACAAGCAGCAGACUGGCUACUACCGUGUCAACUACGACGUCGAAAACUGGGUCGCUCUGGCGCGAGUCCUCAAUAACUCUCACGAGAUCAUCCAUGUCCUCAACCGUGCUCAGAUUGUCGACGACGCAUUCAACUUGGCCAGGAACGGACGUCUGCACUACAAAAACGCCUUCGAAAUCUCAAGAUACUUGGAGAUGGAAAAAGAUUACAUCCCAUGGGCUGCUGCCAACCCUGCCUUCAACUACUUGGACAUCGUCCUUAGUGGCGCCAAUUCCUACAAUCUGUACAGGUACUACCUGCUCAACCUUACUGCUCCUAUGUUCGAGGACCUUGGCUUUGAUGUGAAAUCUGGCGAAGAGUUCGUCACUCCUUACCACAGGAACAUUAUUCUGGACAUUAACUGCCGUUUUGGCAACCAGCGGUGCAUCAGCAGGGCCCAGGAAAUCCUGCAAGCUUUCAAGAAUAACCCUAACCAGCGCCCCAACCCUGACAUCCAGACCUUGGUCUACUGCUCCAGUCUACGCGCCGGUAACGUGGAGAACUUCAACUUCCUCUGGAACAUGUAUCUAGGCACGUCCGACUCCAGCGAGCAGAGCAUCUUGCUUAGUGCCCUGGGAUGCACUAGCAAUGCUGAACGUCGUAACUUCUAUCUGAACCAAAUCAUCGAUGACAACUCUGCAGUGCGAGAGCAGGACAGACACUCAAUCGCCGUCUCCGUCAUCAACUCCAGCCCUGAAGGCAUGAACGUCGCUUUGGACUUUGUCGUUGAAAACUUCCACAGAAUACAACCCAGGGUCCAGGGCCUUACAGGAACAACCAACAUUCUGAACACCUUUGCAAGACGACUGACCACAAGCGCUCAUAAUGAAAAAAUCGAUGAGCUGGUCAGGCGACACGAGAGCAUCUUCUCAGCCGGAGAGCGUGCGUCCAUCGCCGCUAUUAGAGAGAAUAUCGCAGCCUCCAUCGCUUGGAGCAAUAGCAAUGCAGGCAUCGUCGAAAAUUGGCUGAAAGAGAAUUACGGGCCACCCAGUGGCGCCAAAUCCUUAACCGCUGGAUUACUUGUUCUCAUCUCUCUCUUUGUGGCUAUUUUCAAUCAUUAGAAUUUACUUAUUGUAAUUUUAUAUUUAUUUUAUAAUAAUUUUACGAUAAAAUAUUUUUAUACUUAAUUUUAUAUUUUUUAUACUUAAUCUACUAAUUUGUGUAAAUAAAAUAUUUAUA